CAGCUUGGGUCGCGGGCCUGGAGCGGAGCGGAGCGGAGCGAAGCGGUGGGAGCGCGUUGCAAGGUAGAACUGCUGCUGUAGAUUUCUUUCUCUCUCGGCAGAAUUUGGAGAGAUUCUUAAUUCUCUGUAACUGUUGUGUUUUGAACGGCUUUCUGGAAUUUUUGCUGAGCUGGCUUUGAAACCAUGUUUUGGAACAGAGGGUUCUGGAGACGGGCCCUGGUGCUGCAGCUGUACCUCCUGCUUCGGACUUCGCAGACGUGGGCUGGCACAGAAGCCUCGGCUCCCCCUCCCAUCACAGCAGCCUCCUUCCUACAGGACCUUUUCCUCCGUUACGGUGAAGAGGACACGCUCAGCCUGCAGCAGUUGAAAUCUCUGUUGGGACACCUGCAUGUGGGCAUCGAACGGCACAAUGUCAGUCGCACGCAGCGGCAGCCGCCACAUCACUGGAACAUCUCCAAGUGCUUCAGUUCUUCCGAACUCUUCGCCACCCACAAUCUGAGUGAAUCGUCCCAUCUUGGGCGGAGGGAGUUCAAAGAAUUCUGCCCGACUAUCUUGCAGCAGCUGGAAUCGAGGGCAUGCCUGCCAGAGAACCUGGAGAAGGAGGAAGAGGAAGGGGCGAAGGAAGGGAAACCAAGCUCCACAGAAGUGUGGGGUUUUGGUUUCCUCAGUGUGACACUGAUUAACCUUGCCUCCCUCCUUGGAGUCUUCAUCGUGCCCUGUACUGAGAAGGUCUUUUUCACACGAAUCCUAACUUAUUUCAUCGCACUCUCCAUCGGGACCCUGUUCUCUAACGCCCUGUUCCAGCUGAUCCCAGAGGUGCAUCUCUGCGUUCCCCAGCACCUUCAUGGACACAGCCAUUACAGCAGCGAGUCCCUCCCUUCUAAGAAGGACCAGGAAGAAGGUGUGACUGAAAAGCUGCAGAAUGGAGACUUAGAUCAUAUGAUCCCUAAUAAGGGCAGCGAUUUGGAAUGCAAGAAUCCUGCUGCUGAUCAGAAGGUUGUUAGCACCUUGUCUGUUCAGGACCUCCAAGCAUCUCAAAGCAUGUGCUAUUGGUUGAAAGGGGUGCGUUACUCAGACAUCGGCACUCUGGCUUGGAUGAUAACCUUGAGUGACGGCCUUCACAAUUUCAUCGAUGGGCUGGCUAUUGGCGCCUCCUUCACCGUCUCGGUUUUUCAAGGCAUCAGCACCUCGGUGGCCAUUCUUUGCGAGGAAUUCCCGCAUGAGCUAGGAGAUUUUGUUAUUCUGCUGAAUUCUGGGAUGACAAUCCAGCAAGCCCUUUUCUUCAACUUCCUCUCCGCUUGCUGUUGCUACCUGGGCCUGGGCUUUGGGAUAUUGGCAGGCAGCCACUUCUCAGCCAACUGGAUCUUCGCUCUAGCAGGCGGGAUGUUUCUCUACAUUGCAUUGGCUGACAUGUUCCCAGAGAUGAACGAAGUCAGCAAAGAAGACGAGAGGAGUGGAAGCGCUUUGAUUGCAUUUGCGAUUCAGAACGCUGGACUGCUGACGGGAUUCGCUAUCAUGGUGUUGCUCACUGUGUUCUCGGGAGAAAUCCAGCUCGGGUAGAGGCUGGAAAACUCCAGGUCUGUGGACUCUGCUAAGCACAGUUUAUUUUUUAUUUAUUUUUUUUGUCAAGGAUUUCAGGAAGGGGCAUGUUUAUUCAGCCCGCUUCUUAGAUUUCUUAUUGGACUGACAACCUGCACAGGCUGACAACUUUUCUCUCUAGCAAUUAAACGACUGGGGGGAAUCAUUUCUUAAAGUAACAACAGCAUUCGCCUCUCCUUCCUAUCCUUUUCUCUCUCUUUUCUCCACCCCCAUAUUUGGAUGGAAUCGGUG